AUGAAAUUCGGCCGGAACCUUGCAAGGAACGUUGUGCCUGAAUGGAGCUCGUCAUAUAUCAACUACAAAGGCUUGAAAAAGCUGAUCAAAUCGGAAAUUGAGGCGCAGAAUGAGGGCCAUGAUCCAGACCUGGCUGACGUCGACCACUUCUACAACAAAAAAUUCGCAGACUUCUCUCGCCGCCUGAAACUGUUGGAGGACCGUUAUGGCCAUACAGCCAUUGGCUCGCAGAACCUCGAUUUUGAAGACGCUGAGGACCUCCUUGCUGCACUUCUCGAACUGCGUGGCCAGCUUAGGAAAUUGCAGUGGUAUGGCGAGGUCAAUCGUCGCGGCUUCAUCAAAAUUACGAAGAAACUUGAUAGGAGGCUACCCGGUGCGCAAGCGCAGAGGCGAUAUCUGCCAACCAAGGUUGACCCGUCCCCCUUUGCUACGAAUGCGGGUUUACAGGAGUCUCUAAAAACAAUCAAUGAUUGGUUAUCUGUGUUGGGAGAUGAAAAGGGCUUUGACGAUGCGAGCUCCACGCACUCCUCUCGAUCCGUGGUAAAACCUACUUCGCGACCAAUCCUCAAGCUGCCGCAAAGCCUUCUUCUAGCUCUUGACGAUGCAUUGCGCAAAGAUGAUACCCACAUUAUGUUGGAGCUGCUUCCCACGUUGCGGCUUGCGGCGGAGGAAUUAGACUCAAGUCUCUAUUCAAAAGCUUUGAAAGCUCUAUUACAGCGUGCGAUUUUCUAUCGUGCCAGGGAUUCCGUAGUGUCAUUGUUAGCGAAGCUCGAUACGCUGGAUGAAGAUGACGACAUAAAUAGACGAAAUUGCAUCCAUCGACUUGUCAUCUCCAUUGGGCGCUCGCAGUCAACGAGCGAUUCGGAGCUCUCUGCCGGUCAAGUACUCGACUUCCCAAACGAGGCUUCUAACUACAUAACCCCGGCUGCUCCACCGACCCUCCAAUACCCGCGCGUUGUAGUGAAGGAGUCCGGGCGGAUGCCUUUACUAAGUAGGAUGGACGAUGCUGUUUCAUUAUUGGAGCACCUCCUGGACAAUCUCCGUCCGGAACAAAGAGCUGCGCUGCUGGCCAAGGAUAUCUCUGGUCGAACUCCACUCCAUUACGCAGCUCAGUAUGGAUUCCGUGUGGUAUGUGAUGUUAUCAUUGAACAUCUACAAGCAUGGAACAUGUUCGAUGUUUCUCAGGGCAUUGAUGGCCCAAACUGGCAGGAUGACGAGGGUUGGGCGCCUUUGCAUCUCAGUGUCAUUGAAGGCCAUCCCCUGACUACUCGAGCGUUGCUGAAUGCGGAGAACUGGAAGGGAACAAACGAGCAACAAACUGCGAUCCGGAAGCAUAUGUCGAAGUCGAGUGCUGUGCUCGCGCUCGCUACCAAGGCGAAUUUCGUAGACAUUGUCCAGCUCCUCGUGGACGCUGGUGUAGAUAUCAAUUACCAGGACGAGCAGGGUGAAACCGCCCUCCACGUUGCCGCUAGGCUUGGCCACGAUGCGUGCGCCAAGGCACUUCUAGACGGCUCAACGUCCUGA